GGGUAUAUAGUUGGAAACGGCGCCUUUGCUGCUGGGCUCAUAAGGGAUUUUUUUAAACAAGCAAAACGCUACCUUAUUCGAAUAGUUUUAUAUCUUUGGGCCCUUUUAGUUACCUUUAGAGAACAUCCACAUACAUAGCACAAUGGCGGAUUCAGACAAGCUUCGUAUGGCAUUCCGUGCUGAGCAAGACCUUAACUCUUAUCAAAUGAAGCAAGGUCUUGGACCGAAGAGCGACUCCGUCCUCGAGUCCAACAUCGACGAAAGGGCGGAUAAUAAAUUCCGUGAAGCAACGGGAAUCAAAACUGGUCGAGAGGCAGGCGCUUCAGGGAGCAACCGGAAACCCAUCCCCGAAGACGAGGGAGGCACCCGAGACUCUCGUGGAAGAUUGGCACCAGCUGGCGAAUAUGAAGGCACCGGAGGCCCUGAGGAUAAGGUGAAGCUCGAGUCGGAACGCCGUCCGGGUGAUCAAGACACACUUAACCUUCAGGAUCUGAAGAAUAAAGGACUUGCUCGGUAAAGAUUCAUACUAGAAAGCCUUUGAGACCAUCAGAACAUACUAGUUAGCAUUAUUUAGGUCAUGAUAUAGUAUGAUGUGGUUAAUC